AUGCCAACAGCCAACUUUAAAGAGUUUGACAUACUGAUUAGCUUGGUGGCUGAUGAGGAAAGAUUCGGCUUUUCUGUUACUGGCGGAAUAGAUAAAGGAGCAAUUCCCAGAAUUGGCAAAGUUGCAAAUGAUUCUCCCGCAAUUCGAGCUAAACUAAAAAGUGGUGAUGAACUAUUAGCCAUAAAUGGAAAUACAGUAGCAAACGCGACAUUUAGUGAAAUUGUGGCAAUGGUUCAAAAAGGUGCGAAAAUGCGGUAUGUCAGACUGACGGUGAAAAGAAUUGACGAAGUUUCUAAACCACAAACAGCUCCACCUCCUCCACCUCCAAGACGUCCCAAGACUCGUGAACAAAAUGUUAAUGUCAGUCAGACCCCGACUGCUAAUGGCAAUUAUGACAGACGAAAUUUAAUAUCCGACCAGGAACCUCAACGCGGUGUUUAUCAGCAGGAUCAGGAAUUCUUAAAUCAAUUCGACCAUCGGAAUGUUGACAAUCGUCGCUACGAAAAUUCAGAUAAUGCUCAAAAUUUUGAUGGGUUUGAUGAAGAUUUUGGCCAUACCAAUGCAGAUAUUCGUGAUGGUACGAACUUAGAGCCAGAAAAUGACACCAAAAAUCAGUCUAUCUUACUAGGCGAUCUUAGUGAAAUUCUGGAACAUUUAAAGCGGACUGUAACCGAUGAAAGAGAUAAACAAGAUUUAAAAUUUCUCUAUAGCUUUUGCCAACAUAAAAAUUUUAAAAUAGCCGCAAAGGUAAUAAGUGAUAUUAAUGAAGAAGGUGGGACUUUGUCAGCUCAUCUCAAGAACAUAUUGACACUACCUAAUGUGACUAGUUUGAUGUAUUGUCAUGACGAAGUUGCAUCCAAGGAUUCUGUAGCAAAUGGACAUCUUGUGUCAGUAAAGAAUGACGACUAUUGUUAUAGAUUAGUGGAGAUUCACAAGGCAGCAUUUCCUCUGGGAGCAACAAUUCGCCGCUUCGGCGAUAAAGUUCUUAUUAAUCGCAUAGCUAGACAAGGAGCCGCUGAUAGAUCAGGGCAACUAUCUGAAGGUGAUGAAAUAGUUGAAAUAAACGGCACUAGCGUUGUUGGAAUGACAGUGGCCGAGAUAGUAGAACUUGUGGAAAAACAAACAGAUAUAGUGGCAUUUUUAACCUUGCCUGGCGAUAACACAAAAACCGCAGUUAAAGACUCACAUGUUUAUGUGAAGGCAUUUUGCGAAUAUAAUCCCAUAGAAGACCAAUUUAAUCCCUAUCGAGAGUUAGGUUUAAAAUUUCAAUAUGGAGAUAUUUUGCGCAUCACUCCACAGGAAGACAAAAAUUGGUGGCAGGCUCAGCUGAUUUUCAGUAGUCAACGGAAUGUGAAUAAUAAGUCAUCGAGUGGAAUAAUUCCAUCGAGGCAUUUAAUGGAACAGCGUCAAUUAUUGUCCAAUGGAACUUCUAAUACUGAAGAGUCUAACGUGUCAUCCAAAGGCGCUUCUAACAAAAGUAAAAAAUGGUUGAAAAUAUCCGGAAAAUCUAAAAAGAAGAAGAGCAAUGAACCGUCGCCGAAAAGCAACUCCGAUGCCGAUGCUAUGAUGAUGCCUGCAUAUGAACCAGUACGGGAAAUGCCGCCGACAUUUAAUAGAACUAGACCAAUAGUACUGAUUGGUGUCCUUCGUAUCUCUAAGAAUUGUCGAAUUUGCACUCAAAUGUUCGUAGGUGCAAAAUACAUUGGGAGAAAUGAAUUAAAACACCGCUUACUUAGAGGACAGCCGGAGAGAUUCGCCGCUGCCAUUGAAUGUACAACACGCACUCCUCGACCUAACGAAGUUAACGGAGUGGACUUUCAUUUUAUGACUCGAGACGUUUUUGAAAGGAAGAAAGCAAAUCAAGAGAUGUUAGAGUAUCGGGAAUCAAAUGGGCAGCUUUAUGGUGUAGACAAGGAAGCUGUCAAAAAACUUAUGUUUACGAGUAAAUCAUGCCUACUAAUCCCUGAACCAGAUAUCUUACCGCAAAUCAAGGGCGCUGAACUUAGGCCAUUCGUCAUAUUUAUUAGAGCACCAUUUAUUAAUGAAAUUGGAAAGACUUCGAGAGGGAACUACGACUGUAUCAAUUUUAGCGUCAAAAUGAAGAACGACGCCGUUCGAGCCAUGGUUAGUGAAUCGUACGAAAUGGAAUCGAAGUACAAGCAAUAUUUUGACGUCCUAUUAGUCAACAAUGAUAUGGUCAAAUUAGUGGCGGAGGUUCAAGGUAUUGUAGAAAGUUUAACAUCUGCUCCUCAAUGGGUUCCAAGCUCUUGGAUGCAUUAA